AUUUCCUUUUUGUGGGGUGAAUGUGGGGAAGCCUUAGUUGUUUUUUCGUUCUUCUUUACCCUUCCGAUUAGUCCGUCUUAUACAUCAAGCCACGUGUAAUGGCUUCUUAUUGUUUCGUGCUGUUCAGUUCAUUUAAUCCACAACGACAUAAAAGAUGACACAAAUCUUACCCAAGGCUGUCGGAAAAUCAGCACAGCAAGGAUGGUGGAAAGGUCUAUGAAGGGCAAUGAUUGAUGCUAACCUCCCAUCGUAUGUUUGGCGUCGCGGAGGUUGCCGAAAGAUUCACAAACAAUCUUUGAGAGUCUUUCAUUCAUAACUGCUGCUGAUGGUUUUUCCCAGCGUGCUACUCCGCCUUGCCCGGACUUAUUUACCUUAUGCAGUCAGGGCUCGAUGGUUCGAAAAAAAAUAUUUCAACGAAUCCAAGAGGCAGUUGUCGACAUGGCAUCGCGGAGCCGAGUGAUGGACGUUUUCGUCUGUUUUUUUGGUCGAUGACGACCCGUAAUUUAUGGAUGGCCGUCUAGUGCAUUUUCACGCGAUGAUGUCCGACACACGAUACAGUGGAUGGGACAGUUGGAUGUAUUCCCAUCGCACUUUUUACCUUUCUUCUUCUCAGCAAACGAACGUGACUGCGUGACAAGGGUAACACCCGAACCGCCAACACGUUCCGUCAAACAUGUACGCUUAUGCAAGCAUACACUGCGCACACAAGAAAGUCUAAUAACAUCUAAUGUAGGAUACCACCAUGCACUCCAUAUCCAAGUUUUCUCACCUUGGAAGUCGUUCACCACACGUGAUUUUAUUGGUUGUCUUUUUCGUCUUCUACUCCGCUGUGAGAAAAAAAAAAAACUCUUUAGAGAAAGAAGGAAGAGCUUUGCGCGUGGAUGUGCGGGGUGCUGACAAAAGGGGCUUCAGCCGUUUCGUGGGAAGACUGGUGGACCUACGAGGGCAUCUCAGGACCGGCAUUUUGGGGUCUGAUCAAUCCAGAAUGGUCCAUGUGCAACCGAGGACGUCGUCAAUCACCGAUCAACAUUGAGCCGUCUCAGCUCCUCUUCGAUCCCAACCUGCGACCGCUUCAUAUCGAUAAGAACACGGUGGCUGGCUACCUAAGUAAUAUGGGCCAGGGCCUCAUCUUCACUGUGGACAAUAGCAGUAAGCCAAGCAUCAACCUGACUGGAGGGCCACUUUCUUACAAAUACGAGUGGCACCAAAUGGCCUUGCACUUUGGACUGAACAACCAGUCGGGAUCGGAGCACACGAUCGCCGGUCGGGCAUUUCCCGCCGAGUUGCAAGUUUUCGGAUUCAACACUCAACUGUACAGUACUUACAGCGAAGCGCUCGAAUCGCCGCAUGGUAUCGUCGCCAUCUCCGUUCUUAUCCAGAUUGGAGAUACGUCGCAGCAGACGACCGAGUUUCGCCUCUUGAUGGAGCACAUCACGAAAAUCGAGCGGCACGGCUCGACAAAGAUGAAGAGAGGGUUACUCCAACCAGGUCAAGAGCGCCCCAUGCCGGCGCUGAGUCUCAAGCUCCUCUUACCGCCAACAGAUUAUUACAUCACGUACGAAGGAUCAGCUACGACUCCGGCGUGCCAAGAAACAGCCACAUGGAUCGUGUUCAACCGUCCUCUUUACAUCACCGAACAACAGUUAUACGCCUUGAGGGGCUUGAAACGAGGUUCUCCCAAUCCCAAUCACAACCAACUGAUCAAGUCUUCAUUUUCGUCGCCGUCCUUGUCAAUAACGGCUGAUCCCAUGGGCAACAAUUAUCGGCCCAUCCAGCCGACUCAUCAUCGACCCGUCCGCACCAAUAUUGACUUCACUUCAUCAGAGCGAGGAGAAAAGGCUUGUGCCACGAUGCACCGGGAUAUGCACUACCGAGCCAACACAUUCUGGCAACCGUGACGCCUUGAUUCGUCUGACGGGAACUUUAUCCUCGUGUAAAAAGAAACGAAAACUAUCCGCCACAAAAGAAAAAAACAAUUCGGAAGAAAUGAACUGGUUUCAUCAACUCAUCGUCGUCCCGCCAUUAUUUCAUCAUCGUCACAUCUUCCACUUGAAAAUCAUUUUUCACCCUGCAUAGCGAAAGCAAAACAAAGGCAUUAAGCUUCGUCGUUCUAUUAUUUAUUAUUUAUUUUUCAUUUUUCAUUUUUUUUCUUUUUCUUUUUCCGUUCAAGUCAUCUUCUUGGCCAUUUAAUUGGCACAAUUUUUGAAAAGAGUUGUAAAAGACUGGGAUGUUUAAAAUUGCCAUGGAUGACGAAAGGUUUUAGUUCGUUUUACGCUAAAGGGUGCUGUGUACAUAUAGACAUUAAUGAUGUAGAGGCCGUGUGGUCUGAUACGUGUAGACCUAAUAAUGAAAACACGUAAUCUUGUGUAGCGCAUAUUUUGUCUUAUACUUUUGGCAUUAUUAUUUUGUUUUCAAACGUGACUUUACCUUUGCAUUUUUGCGGGAGGGGGGCUGUCUCAAAUACAAAAUGGAACACUUGA